AUGGAGCUCGAAGUGGAUUUGACCGCGAUGAAACCUGUCCGUGUCGUUGAUGAAUUGAAGGACGAGGCAAUGUCCACACUCAUUACAACGGAUGCUUUUACCACUGACGGAAUCAUCGAAACCUCCUCGUCUCCGUCAGAGCUCUCAACCGUUAAUGACGAAGUUGUCACGGAAUCUAAGAGGAGCUCUCCUGCCCCGAAAACGACGUCGAAAUUGGAAGACGAUGAAGAUCUGGAGCUUACGACACCAGAAUUAGAGCUGGAGACAACAGAGUUCAUACCAACGACCACCACUCAUCCUCCAUACUGCAUUCCAUACCGGGAUCAUCCCACAAUUUCACGUUGCCAUAAGGGCCUAAUGGCAAAGUUGUCCGCUAUCACUGAAGAGUCGCCGCAAUCCGCGUCAGUACGCUUCCCACUUUACAAUGUUUCAAUCGACACGUUGGUCGAACUCUGCGAUGACUUCAGGGAUGCAAUUAAGUGCAUGGAGGGUGUGGAGAAAUUCUGCAAACAUCCGCUACUCGAAUUCUUCAACCAACAGUUCAUUUCCACCUGUACCCUUUUGAAAAUGAGGGACUUCGACGUAGAUUACGCUUGUAUUCAAAAGAAGCUCAUCAUGAGAAGUGAUUGUUUGGUCCACAUAAACAAUACGGUGCACCCCGCAGAGAAAUGUACUGGUCAUGAGGACUUUCUCAGGUAA